AUGGGAGAAUACAUCGAGCCCAGCUCGACUGCUUGGGUCACUGAAGAAAUCACAAAGCCAGGUGAUGCUGCUUGGUCCGAUCCUAUUACCCUGCCGAAUUUCACAGACGCCAGUCACGAGGAAGUCCUAGUUUUAGCCUGGACUCUUCUUCUUUUUCGUGAUACCGUGCACAAUGAAGAUGGGGGAUUUUCUUGGACUUCAGGGGCCGAUACCCUUGGAAGUCUUCUCGCAGAUGUCAUUGAGAGCGAGAACACUCCGCUGAAAGAGGCUUUGAGAAAUAUUCAAAAUCUGAGUCGAUCCGAGAAAAUCGAAAACGAUAGAAUAUUGCUUAAAAAUGCCAGCCCUGGGAAACAAAGCGAAUUUUCGCUAGAAGCAAAGUUGUCGCAAAACGACCUGCGUUUGCGCGGAGCUCCUCAAUCGCCGACAGCCACACAGCCAGUCCAAGUGUUUCUGCCCCAAGUCCUCGCCGAUAUCUUAUCUUCAAUCGCAAACAGCCUCGAUCAGACAGUUGCCCAGGCUACUCGCAUCGGAAGGUCGGAGCUGUCACAACUAUGGCAAUGGAAUGGUCCCAUGCCACCCACUAUCGAUCGCUGCAUUCAGGAUGUGAUUAGUGCGAAAGCCCAGGCUCAGCCAGAUCGUCCGGCUGUCGUUUCCUGGGACGGGGAAAUGUCAUACGCACCGCUGGAUGAUAUGUCCACAAACCUGGCUAGUCACCUAGUCACCCUCGGGCUGAAAAUCGGACAAGCUGUGCCUCUUUGUUUCGAAAAAUCGAUGUGGACAAUUGUCGGUGUCCUGGCAGUGAUGAAAGCCGGUGGCGCACUGGUCCUGAUGGACCCCAGCCAGCCCGAGGGACGACUGGCAACAAUUGCAAACGAAGUCGAUGCGGAUUUGAUUUUAACGUCUGAGUUGCAGGCUGAUCUUGGUCAGCGCAUUGUUCCAGGAGGAAAGCAGGUGAUCGUUGGACCGAGCAUUGCUCAUGAAGAAUUCAAGGCAUCGCCCACACCUUUGCCUGAAGUUCCAGCCUCAUCCACCCUCUAUAUUCAGUUCACAUCCGGCAGUACUGGAAAGCCCAAAGGUGUUCUGAUAUCUCACUCCAACUACACCAGCGGCGCUAUUCCACGCGCUGCGGCUGUGGGAUAUGGAGCGCAUUCUCGAGUCCUUGACUUCCCUUCAUACGCAUUCGACGUGAGCGUUGAUUGUAUGCUGUGCACACUGGCCAAUGGGGGAUGCAUCUGUGUUCCCUCGGAAGAUCAGCGUGUCAACGAUCUCAGUGGUGCUAUUCGCAGCAUGAGUGUGAACAUGGCUCAUAUGACUCCAUCUGUCGCGCGAGUUCUAGCCCCUGAUAUCAUGCCCUCGCUGGAGGUUAUUGGGCUUGGAGGCGAGGCAAUCACUGCCAGUGACGCGGCCGAGUGGGGUAGGCAAACAAAGAUUGUCAUCGCUUAUGGUCCAUCCGAGUGCACAGUCGGGUGUACUAUCAACAACAAGAUUCCCGAGGGAAUGUCCUACACCAGCAUCGGCAAGGGCGUUGGUGGAACAACUUGGGUCGUGGAUCCAUCCAACCACAAUCGUUUGUUGCCCAUAGGUGCUGUUGGAGAGCUACUCGUUGAAGGCCCUGUAGUGGGGAACGGAUAUCUCAACAAUCCCGAAAAGACGGCCGAAGUCUUCAUUGAGAAUCCGACCUGGUUGCUCGAGGGCGGAGGGGACUUUGCAGGUCGCAACGGACGUCUGUAUAAAACAGGUGAUCUAGUGCGGUAUGACCCCGAUGGAUCAGGAAACAUCGUUUUUGUCGGUCGCGCAGAUCAACAGGUGAAACUGCGCGGCCAGCGCGUGGAGCUCGGAGAGAUCGAGUAUCACGUCCGCAACUACCUCCCCGCUGGAGUGAGUGCAGCAGCUGAAGUUGUUCUCCCCGGAGGAUCAAAGGCCGAUGCCACACUGGUUGUUUUUGUUGCAGAGGACAAAAGCGAAAAGACUGGAACAGUCUGUCAGAUUACUUCAUUCUCAAAUCAGCUUCAAACCCUCCUCGCUGGUAUUGAUGAGGUCCUCGCCAAAAACUUGCCUCGGUACAUGCUUCCCACAGCAUACAUUCCACUUGACCAGAUGCCGCUCAUGGUGUCUCUCAAGACAGACCGAAAGCAGCUCCGCGCCCUUGGAAUCAGUUUGAGCCGACGUCAGAUGGCGGAGCUGAAGUCUUCCACGAUAGCCAAAAUCCAACCGAGGACAGAGAAGGAGAAGAAACUCCAUGGAUUGUGGUCGAAGAUCUUUGGAGAUGAUGUGGAAAUUGGAGUUAACGACCACUUCUUCAGUCUCGGUGGAGACUCGCUCAAGGCUAUGAGACUUGUUGCGGUUGCACGGGAGCAGCUCAUUGUGAUUCAAGUCACUGAUGUCUUCCAAUCCCCGGUUCUGGAGCAAAUGGCGCUGGCAAUGAAAGAGAUGGACAGCAACGUCGUACUUGAAGUUCCACCAUUUUCAUUGCUUCCCACUGGGUGGGAGGCUGAUGCAGCCCGAGUUGAAGUCGCAUCUCUAAGUGGCUUGGACACUUCAAAUGUGGAAGAUGUGUAUCCCUGCACACCUUUGCAAGAAGCUCUCAUGGCAUUGUCGGCCAAGUUCAUGGAUGCGUACGUCGCUCAAAGAGUCAUUGAACUCCCAGAUGCAGAGUCUGCAAUCAAAUUGCGUACCGCAUUCGAAAUUGUAUCGGCUCAAUCGGCCAUUCUUCGCACGAGAAUUGUCCAAGUUCCUCGCCGAGGUCUGAUGCAGAUCGUGGUGCGAAGCAAUGUCCCCUGGUUGGAGAGCUCCAACUUGGAGAACUAUUUGCGCGAUGAUACGCUCAAAGGAAUGUCGCUGGGCACCGAACUCUGUCGAUUCGGUAUUGUGAACGAUAUCGUGACCGGCAAAAGCCACAUCGUUCUCAGCAUUCACCAUGCCCUUUACGAUGGCUGGUCUAUGCCACUGAUUGUCGAAUGCGUCAAUCGUGCCUACCGGGGUCAGAGUAUUGGAGCGCCCGCGCCAUUCAAGACCUUCAUCAAAUGGCUCGGCAACGCCGAUCGCUCUUCGUCUGAGAGAUACUGGACAGAGCAGCUGCAAGGGGCAACGGCCCUGCAGUUCCCUGUGCUUCCAUGGGCUGGCUACCAAGCUCGAGCCGAUUCUCUGUUAGAGCACUAUGUCAAUCUACCACAUGCCUCCUCCAAAUCAACAACCAGCAUUGCCACGGCCAUUCGCGGGGCGUGGGCUCUUGUGGCUGCGGAGUACACCUCCUCUGAUGAUGUCGUCUUCGGAGAGACUAUGACCGGUCGCACGGCGCCCGUGGCAGCAGUAGAGGAGAUCGAAGGUCCCAUGAUCACCACUGUUCCAGUUCGAGUUUGCAUUGAUCGAAAGUCUCGGGCAUCAACAUAUCUUCAGAAUAUCCAUGAUCAGACGGUGCAUCGAAUCCCUCAUGAGCACAUGGGCUUGCAGCAUAUUCGACGUUUAACUCCAGAUGCUCGCGAGGCCUGUGAGUUGCGCACCGGCAUUGUGAUUCAUCCGACUAUUGAGGAGAAUGCGGUCUCCGAGGAGGAACAACCAGCCACCGCAUUUGUCCCUACCAGUGAGGCGGAGGCUGCUCGAGAGGCGUUGAAGUUCAACUCAUACUCUCUCAUGCUUGUGUUUACCGUUGAUAAAAAUGGAUUCCUGAUCAUGGCAAGCUUCGAUUCAAAAACGGUUGAUGAGCCUCAGAUGAAGCAGGUUCUUCAUCGGUUUGACCAGCUGGUGCAGAAGAUGCUUGAAGAUCCUGCUCAGAAGAUACAGAAAAUUUACGACUCUGCGGCUGAAGAAGAUAUCUCAGAGCAGACUCGUCUUUCUGCCAUCGGCCCAGCAAGCCUGCCCUCAGAUGGUAUGUACGCCACUGUCACAGCAACUUGGAUCGCGGAUCCACUUGACAAAAACCAUCUUGUCCCUGUCGGUGGUGUCGGAGAGUUGAUGGUUGAGAGCGAAAGUGAGCUGGCGACUUGGGAUCUCAUCACUAGUCCUCCGUGGCACACCCGGCCAGGCAAAUUAUUUGCAACAAGUCAACUAGCGAAGUUCACCAGUGAGGGCUCACUCAUUGUCAUCCGUGCAAAGCACGCACAGCUUGACCAACAACAGGCCAAACCCAAGAUGGGGAGUCCAGAGAAAUCUAUCACGACUAUUGCUCAGAGAAAGCUGCAGCACUUGUGGUCGCAAGUCUUGGAUAUUCCUGCACAAGAUAUUCUUCUGGAUGACAGCUUCUUCGACCUGGGUGGUGACUCCAUCCGUGCCAUGAAGCUAGUCUCCGAGGCUCGGGCAGAUGGUCUUCAAUUAACAGUAACCACAAUUUUCGAUCACAGGUCCCUGUUUGACAUGGCUGAAAAUGCAGUUGAGGCCCAGCCUCCCACAGUCUCAUCUCAGAGUUAUUCCAAGUUUAGUUCGCUUGGUGUGACAGAUCCCGAGGGCUUUAUCGCGGAGCUCCAGCCGAUGCUCGAACGACCUGAAUGGAAGAUCAUUGAUGCCUAUCCCAGUCGUCCGCUGCAGGAGAUUGCCGUUCAGGGAACCGUUCAGCUCCCCCGAUUCUCGACAAGAUAUGAAGUGUUCUAUAUGGAUAGCGUCAUUGAUCGCAGCCAGCUUUUCCAGAGCUGCCAGGAACUAGUCGCGAGAAAUGAAAUACUUCGAACUGUCUUUGUGGAGCACAAUGAUAUCUCGGUCGGCGCCGUGGUUGAAUCUCUCGCCUGUGAGGUCACGGAGUACGAGAUCGAGACAGAUGUGGAAGAAUUCAGCCGCAAGGUCUGUGAUGUGGAUGUGCAAUCGCGCAUACCACUGGGGUCACGGUUCUUGAAGUUCUUCUUCGUCCAGCAUGUUGAUGGGCCUAGCAGUCUGAUCAUGCGAAUCUCGCACGCCCAAUAUGAUGAAAUAUGUCUCCCAAUUUUGCUGCAACAGCUGUCGGCUCUUUACGAAGGACGACCGGUGCCAAAAAGCUUGCCUUUCUCAUCAUAUGUCAACCAUGUCACUCAGACCAAUGUGCCCGCCAGCAUCCCCUAUUGGACAGAUCUCCUUCGGGGAUCAUCCAUGACACGGAUCCAGCCUGAUAUUCCCAUUGUUGAUGGAGCCCAUUUCGCCAUUUCCAAGGAUGUUAAUAUCGCGGCUCGUCCACGCGACAUCACGGUCGCGACUCUGCCCACCGCUGCUUGGGCACUGUGCCUGGCCCGACGCUUAUCCCUUGAUGACGUCACAUUCGGUGAAGUGGUGAGUGGUCGCAACAUCGACCUGCCCAAUGGAGAUGCCAUUGUAGGACCAUCAUGGCAAUAUGUCCCAGUGCGAGUGAAGUUCAACAAUGAGUGGCGCGUCUCGGACCUGCUGCAAGCCGUCCAGCGUCAGCAUCUUGAAAGUGCACAGUUCGAGGGGAUUGGCCUCAAAGAAGUUGUCAAGCAUUGUACCGACUGGCCAGAGUCGGUUGAUUGGUUUGAUUCCGUCGUGCACCAGGACGUGGAGCAUGUCGAAGAUCUGUCCUUCAUGGCGGCCAGUAGUCGCAUGCAAACUAUUUACCCUCACUUUGAGCCUCUGCGUGAGAUCAAGGUGCAAGCAUUCCCCAAGGGGGAUAAAUUAUGCAUCGAGAUAGUCACAGUCGAGUCUUGGUCAGAGUUUGCAAAGGUGAUGCUUGACGAGAUUGUUGGCAUCGUGGGUCAACUGGUGAAUCAGGUUGAUACUCAAGUACUUUGA